AUGCAUUUUUCCAUUCUAAUUUUUACGGUUUUGUCUUCAUGCACGUUGAUUUCCUGUCAAAAGAAUAAUAAGUAAGUCUUUUGACGCACCGGAGAGUGCUUGACUUUGCAUGGUAAACAUAUACGUGUAUUUGGAUUGUUAUAGCCGGACCGACUGCGAGAUAAUUUCUCGAACCCUUGCCAAAAAGCUUGAACCGUACAUAGGCGAUGAUGAUCGCCGCUGCAAAUUCCUUGAGCAUGCAGCAAAGAUCGUUAAGGAUACUGUAAGGAAAUGAGUUAAAUUUUUAUUUGCUUUUGAACUACAAUAUCUUUAGUGCGACGUGAAAGAAUGCGAUUUGUGUGUAAAUGGGAUUUUCCAAUGUCUGAGGGAUCAGGUGGCAACGAAAACAUCAACAAUUACCAGUGAAAGGUGCUGUAUCAAUUGUUUAAAUGAGGCGGAUUGCAUUGCUGAGUUUGAUUAUUUUGUGUAA